AUGUCGUGCAUUGGCCGACUCGAGCAGUACACCGCCCACGCCACCGCUCGCGGACAAGGGCGCAACGGCGAAGUCAAGUCGGACGACGAUAACGGGGUACAGCUCCGCCUCGCCAUGCCUCGGUCUCUUGGCGGAAAGGGGGAUGGCCAAAACCCGGAGCAGCUAUUGGCCAUGGGAUAUGCCGCCUGCUUUCUCAGCGCGAUGCAGAUGGUCGCCGGGCAGACCGGCAAGGUCGAUAUGGCGCGGAAUGCCGUCGUCCAUACCCAGGUGCAUAUCGGCCAACCAGAGGACAUGGACGGUUUUGGGUUGGAGGUGGACAUACAGGUCGAGGGCGUGCAGGACGACGAGCUCAUCCAGGCGGCCCACAAAACUUGCCCCUACAGCCGCGCCCUAGCCCACGGCGCAGUCGUGAAAGUCACUAAAGCAUAG